CGCUGUCCGAGUUAUUUACGCAGUUCAAAGGUAUCACACCGAUCUACACCUUGAAGUACGAUAAUUGACAUUCAUUCAGAAUCCAAAGCUUGCUCACGAGUGAAAAUGUCCCUGACAGGUAGAACCGCUUUGGUCACCGGGUUUGGCGGGGGUAUGGGGUCCGCCAUAGCUUUGUCAUUAGCUGAGGCUGGGUGUAGAAUAGUGGGCACCGACCGAAGUGUGUCCGAUACCGUCAAACAAAACAUGGAGAAAAUCAAAGAAAUAUCUGGCCAAGAUGCCCUCUUUUUUGAGUGUGACCUACUGAAUAGGGAAAGCAUUGACCACUUGUGCAGUACCAUAGCGUCCAAAGUUCCCUCGGGGAUAGAUAUAUUAGUAAACAAUGCAGGCUGCUUUGAGCGUUGUACAAUGGACGAGAAAACUCCGGAAAGCUGGGAUAAAGAGCUGGCAAUAAAUCUGACGGCCCCAUUUCUCCUGUCUAAAAACUUCGUCAUAUCCAUGAAAAAGAAAGGGUGGGGCCGAAUCAUCAACAUGUCUUCUGUUGUUGGACUACUCUCCUACCCGUUAACAAUUGGAUACUGCGCUUCUAAGACAGGACUUGUUGGCCUCACUAAGGCCAUAGCAGCGGAAAUGGCCCCGCACGGGGUGACUUGCAACGCCAUAUGCCCAUACUUUGUUGAUACUCCUAUUAUUCAACCCGUUUUGGAUGCAUUGAAGAGAGAGACCGGAGCUUCCCGUGAAGAAAGCAUGGAAAAUAUUCGAAAUACGUAUCCCACGAAAAAGUUUACCACAACAAAACAGAUCGGGGACUACGUAGUCUUUCUGUGUUCACCAGCUGCGGACAACAUGACAGGAUUGGCCACGCCCUGUGAUGGCGGGUACAGCAUCGUGUGAUAUGACGUCAUAAUUAGUGACAACGCCCCUUCAUUACAAUAUAUGACAAGAAUGUCAUAUCUGUUUUACGAAUUAGGGAGGAAUAUAAACUUUAAGCACAAGAGGUCAUGUAUUUUUACUCAUGCCAAAGAGGAAGUGAUAUGAAAUUGAAAGACAUGUAUGCCCAAAAAUAAUCUUUCAAUAAAUAGAAUCAUGUACAAGAAUGAUAUUCAUCCAUACAUUGUAUGUGCAGUACAAGAAGAUUUUGGAUUUUUUUUUUAACUGUAUUAUAAGAAAUAAAAACAGAGUCAGUUUGUGAUAUCAAUAUAUCCACACUGUGAGAAAAUCAGAAAAUUAGCUUUAAAAAACUAGAGACCUGUGGGCCACAUCGCUCACCUGAAGAACAGUUCCUGGUAUCAUUCUAUUUCAGUUUUUUAAUAUUUUUCUCUCUUAGGGCUCCAGUAUUAGUCUGGAUUCACAAUUUAAACAAUUUAAAAUUUAGACUAUCUUAGGAUGUUUGCCUAGUAAUCUCAAAGGUUGUAGCCUUGAAGUUCUAGCAAAAAAAAAAUUGAAACAUUUUCUCUAUAUAUUUCAAUGACACAUUUGGGGCCACAGUAUUAGUCAAGGGGUCAUGAUUUUAAAAAUUUAGAAUCUACAUUAUUUGAGGGUGCUUGCUUGGUAAUAUCAUAAAUUGUAGAAUUGUAGUUUUUUUUAGUACAAGAUAUUGAACAUUUUUCAUAUAAUCGUGUUUCUAUGUUUGAUUUUGAACCUCUCUUGGGACUCCAGUAUUAGUAAAAAGGUAAGGAUUGUAACAAUUUAGAUUCUACACUAUCUUUGGAUGCGUUAUAGUGCACGUAGUCUCACAAAUUGAAGCAUUGUAGUUCUUGAGAAGAAAUUUUGGGGGGCUACAGUAAAGGUCCAGGCGUGAACAUUAGAAUUUAGAUUUUUCACUAUAUACGACAUACACAGCAUUUUUACUGUUUUGCAAUUAUCUCCCUUUGAAAAAAAGGUUUCGCCUAUUUAACAAUUUAGUAUCCUCUUUGUACAAAGUUUUGUUAAAUUUGACCACUGGUUUUUGAGAAGUAUCAAAAAUGUGAAAAGUUUUCGGACGGAUGAUUGACAAGCACGCAGAUAGGUUAAGGAAGCAUAUGGACAACUUAGCGUUUUAUUUUGACUGUUACAUACAAAAGCCAAACACUUAGUAUUAUCCUUUAAAAUAGAUGUUAAUGUGAUAAAGUCGGGUACAACAUUACUGCAACAUCCGAGCAUAAUCACGUAUACAAGUAUCUAUAAAUAGCUUACGACUAUUCCUAUCUCAUAUGAGAUAGAACAACACUACGCCGUGGUUUCCACAAAACAAUGAACAUAUCGAGAGAAGGAAAAACUCAAUAUUAUCAAAAUCGCUGUUAGAACCCGGCUCUCCAAAAACUUUCGAAACUUUUAUACAGUUUGCACGGAAAACGGUAUGUUGCAUCAAAGCAACUCAAAACAUGGCAGGAUUCUAACGGCACUUUUCAAGUUAGGCAUUGAUCAAACUAUAGAUGAAUGUUACAUUUGAAGUUAAAAAUGUACGUGGUAGUGUUGUUUUAGUCGGAUAUUUAUAUCGUAACACAACGACAGAGUAAGGCCUGGCCAAGAAAUAAAGGCACAAUUUCAUACCGUUUAGUGAAUGAUUGAUAAAAUCAACAUCUCUUACAAUAUUUUGUUGUUCGAUUCUGAAUGAUUUACACCAAAAUACUUAAUCAAAAUGUUUAAAUUACUUACAAUCCUUUCCGAUCAUAUUUACACGACAUUUAAGUUUCAGUCACGGCUUCAUCAAUGUGUAAAUCUACAUAAUGCAAUCUAAUUUGUGAAAAAAAAUUGUUUCCAGCAUUUUUGUUUGUUUUUGGUCUACAUUUAAUUGUUUAAAUAUUUGAUUAAAUACAUAAUAAGUAA